AUGUUUCAUAGGGAAAUAUUGAUCAUAAGUAUUCUUUAUAUUUUUCUGGAUGCACAACUUUAUUCUCCUCCAGCAAUGGGUGGUUCAUAUGGUUGUGUAGUUACGGGUGAUCAAUUAUAUUCACAUGGUAAUUAUAUUCGAAAUUUGAACAAUACUGAAAAGAAUGAAUUGAUGGUCUAUAAGAAGGCUAUUAAUGAAUUUCAAGAGAAAAUUGAUGAUGCUUUCAAAAAUAUCGGACGAGUCGAUAAUAAUGGAACACUUCCACCACUUCCAGCUCGUCCAAUGAUGCCCUCGUUCUGUACGGGAAAGGAUACGGUUCUAUACGUAUUCAACGGAUGUUUUAUACAGAACAAUAAAGUGUAUAUUGGUCAUACGUUUGCUCGAGAUCUCAGCAAUCAAGAAAUAAAUGAAAUGGAGGAAUUUUCGAAGAGGAUGACUCUUAAUAAUAAUCCAGCUAUUCAGGGAAUGUCAACAACGACGACUGCACCAUCGACACCAAUGAAAACUCUCGAUUUUUGCACGGAAUUCUGA